AUCUUUCACUAUUUUAUAGUAGUGUGAAUCCAUUUCUCAUGUAAAUAAUUAGUCGAGAAUUCUAUUCGACACGUUGCUUAACCUAAAAAGUGACCGGUGGGCUUGGAGGGAAAUAUUUCAAAAUGGCUCCAUCUAAUGCCAUUGGAAAGAUCAAACUGCCUUGCUUGGACUCGGUUUCACGACGAUCUCUAACAAUGAUUUAUUAAACGAAGUGUCAGCGUUCUUUCCAAAUAUUAUAUUGUGCUGCGGACGAUAACAAAGUUAAUGCCCAAAGUUAUAUCGGGAAGUUAAGUUUAAGUGAACCAAAAAGAUUACACCUUUAGCUGUUCAAAUGAGACACACCCUGAUUAGAUUAAAAAAGAUAUCUUAAAACUAAUAUUUGUUAAAGGAAAUAAUUAUUAAGUCAGUGUAUAAAAUGAGUUUGCUAGAUUCUAUCAAAUCCAAAAAGCAGUCCUUGAGGAGUACAGAAACUAUAGUGACUCUUGCGGACGGUAAAAAACUUAGGGAGACUAAAGAAAAAACCGAAUUUUUAGGUGUAAGUUAUGGGUUUGUUGUAGACACAAAACCGGAUAAAACGCCUGCAAAAAUUAUACCCAAUUUGUAUUUAGGUGCACAAGAUUGUUGUGAGAGAGAAGUUUUAGACAGUUACAACUUGAGAGUUGUAUUAAGUGUAGGGAUAGAGCCCUCCGUAAAGUACGAAAAUGUUAUUUAUAAAUAUAUAGAGUGUUUAGAUUUACCUGAGACUGAUAUAAAAGACGUUUUGAAUGUGGCUGUUCCAACUAUCGAUGAAUAUAUACUCGAAAAUAAUAUUUUGGUGCACUGCAAUGCAGGGGUCAGCAGAUCAUGUUCUGUUGUUAUUGGGUAUCUUAUAUUAAAAAGGGGAUUUAGUUAUGAAUCUGCCUUACAAGCUUGUAAAGAUGUAAGACCUUGUGUUAGACCAAACGAUGGUUUCGAAAAACAGUUGAAAAUGUUAAAUAGUGACACGAGUUGAUUGUAGUGCUCUAGAGCCCCCUGUAAAAUACGAAAAUGGUAUUUAUAAGUAUAUUAGAGUGUAGAGUAGGGAGGGCGAGUCAAGUCCCACAGCAUUUAGGCCACAAUUGACCCAUUGUGCAUCUUCCCAUGGGGUUGUCGUCCUUAGUUCAUUAUCCAUCCUGCCAUUUCCAGGAAGGCGGACAAAUCACCAGGGAACAUCUCCCCUAUGUCGGCAGGUAUAGGCGAAGGCUCGCCGAACGCAUACUCUCGUAUUGACGAUAACUCGCGACAUUCACAUAGGACAUGCCCGACAGUUUCGUCAUCUCGUUCACACUUCCUGCGCAGAGGUGUGUCUAUGUACUAGCGUCAGUGUGUGGAGGUGUUUUCUUAGUUGACAAUGGCCAGUUAAAAAACCAACUGUCAAGCGUAGGUUUUUCUUGGUCAUUCUCAAAUACUUUCUGAUGCUGACUUCCCAAGGUUCCUUAGUUUUACCUUGGCAAGUCUAGGUCCUAGCCCUUAUUCCCAUCUUUUCACGGUUUGCAUGUGGAAGUGACAUUUGGCAAUUUCCGCGAUUGUUGCAGUUGACCAGCCAAAAAGAUCACCAGGUCCUAAGAGUCUUAGGACCUGGUGCCUUCCUAGCGAGCUGGUCAGCAAUGCAGUUGCGUUUAUUUCAGUUGUGUCCUCUAACCCACAUUGUGACCUCAGGAUGAUGUUGUUACCAUCCGAAGCUUGAGCUAGUGACUCAUGACACUCCAUUACUAGCCCUGAUAUGACACAUGGUCAGUUCAGGGUUAGUAGCGCUGUCUGUGCUGAUUAUUAUGCUUUUACCGUUUAUACCUUUCCGGGUUGUCUCUUUUGCGGCUAUGGAGAUACCAGCCAGUUCAGUCUGAACUACGCUGGCAUUUUUGCCCAUACCCCAUUUUAUACUAAGGUUCAGUGAUCUGGAAUAUAUCCCGCAUCCUGUGCCUUCUUCCAUUUUGGAGCCGUCGGUGUAGAUGCAAUAUGCAUUUGCCACGUUUGACUCCUUAUGUUGUCUUGCUUCGAUUUUGUAGGGCUUGUAGAAGACAAACGUAGGUUUAAUUGAGUCGCAUUUAUGGUCCAGAUGUAGCUGAAGCAGUGUCUCCAUCUCAUCCCGCCAGAAAGUACAUCAAUUGUCCCAUUCCUACAUCAAGGUUUGCAACCGCUAAGCGCAAUCUCGUCAUCGUUAUCAGCGCCACCUCUUUGACAUAUAUGUCUAAAGGGGUGAUGCCAAUGAGCAACUCCAUUGCAGCAGUUGGUGUUGUUUUCAUGGCAUCUGUUAUAUUUAGGCAAGCCAUCCGCUGAAUAUGGUUUAGUUUGUUGAUCGCUGUUGCCUAUAGUACUUUUGAUACCCAAGCAAUAGCUCCGUAAGUUAGCAUUGGCCUAAUGGCAGUAGUGUAGAUCCAAGCGAUCACCCUGGGCGAAAGGCCCAAGUGCGUUCGACCGUUCGCCGACACUGUUCAUAGGCAAUAUAUGCUCUUUCACCUCUACUAUCUAAGUGAGAGUUCUAUGUUAACUUCCUGUCAAGGGUAAUACCAAGGUAUUUCACCUCUUCAGAGAAAUUCAGACUGCAGUUUAGAAUCCUAGGGGUAUUAAGCUCGCGAUCUUUCUUUUUCUGGUGAAGAGGACCAUCUCUGUCUUUUUUUGGAUUUAUAGACAGUGAGUGUUCCUUACACCAUGUUUCUAUUAGUCUGAGAGCAACUUGUAAUCUCUCACAUACUUAGUGUGUUCUCAAACUUACCGCUUUGCAAGACGGUUAUGUCAUCUGCACAGGCUAUUGUGUAGAAACUGUUGCUGCUGAAUUGGUCAACCAGGGUAUCCAGAACCAUGUUCCAGAGGAUUAGUGAUAACACCCCCCACUGUGGACAUCCCCUCGUAACCAUCCCUCUAACCCAAACGUCUUAUACAUUUAUGCUUAUUGUUCUAUUGGAGAGCAUACUAAAUAUCCAUUCGCUCACGGCCAGGAGAACGUUCCCGACAUUGAGCUGUUGGGUGAUGAUUGGCAGUGUUGUCCCAAUGUGUGGCUCCCUCAUUGUCUAUGAAUAUACCUAGGGUGGAUUCUUUAUUAUCCAGCGAUCUUUCAAUUCUUUCCACUACUUGAUGCAGUGCAGAAUCGGUAGAUCUUCCCGAAGGAAAUGCAUGUUGAUUUGAGUGAAAUGGGUUAUGAACCAGAACUUCAUCCCUUAUGUACCUCUCGCAUAGCUUUUCCAUUGUUUUCAAGAGAAAAAAAGAAUGUGUGUGUACUUUGUACGCACGUAAGAAGUUAUACUUCUAUUACAUAUUAUGUGAUUUUAACGAAAUUGAUAUAAUGAACUUUAAACAGUUUAUAUUUUAUUUAAAUAUUAAACUAAUUUUAAUACUUACUACUUUCCAAAAAUUUUUAUUAAGACAAUACCAAAAAUUUAAAAAAAUAAAAGAAUAAAACACACACAAACACAUUGAAAAAUGCCACAAAGAAAAAAUGAUUUCUGAACGAUAAUAAUUGUUGGCAAAAAUUUUAAAUACGCAUUUUCUGAAAAAAAAUUAUAUAAUAAAUAUACUUACAAUCAUAAAAUGCAUAAAAAAAUAAAAACUUGCAUCGGGAUUCGAACCCGCGAAUUUGGGGACGCUUUGAUUCGUAAUCGAAGCCUAGACUCACUCAUCCAAUUACUCAUUAUUUGUCAUGCGGAAAAAUAGGUCAACUGAACGUUUUACUGUUUGACAGUUAUUCUGAAUUUAAAUCAAAUUAUGUAGUUUUGAUUUUUGUGGAAGAAAAUAUUAAAAUAUAACAAAACAGUAAGAAAACAAUAUAUUAGAUGAAGAUUGGUAGAACUUUUGUUGGUAAUCAAAUUAAGCAUGUAAAUCAAAGCAUUACAUACCUACUAGAUAAAUAAAUCUACGCCAAAAAAUCAUAAUUUAAAAAUAAAAAUCGGAACUAAUUUCGGAUUUUUCUCUAAAAUCCCCAUUCUUGAGAAAAUAAAUUUAUUCCAACCUAAUCCAAAUGUAUAAUUACAAUAUGAUUAUAAUAAAAACUACUUGCGAAAUUAGAAUGAGUCCUUGUCCAAAAUAGUCCAAAAAUAUAUAUGAAAACUAUUUAAAAAGCAGUAUAAGUAUUAACUUACUUGUGUUUGUUGCUUCUUUUCACACAAAUUUCAAAACGCAACAACCAUAAAUAAUCAAACCACAGCUUUGCCACAGCCGACAUAUUGAAUAAUUUUUGACAUGUCAUUUGAACAUACAAUCAGAACAAAGUUAUAAUGCGCAUGUUUGUUUUGUUGUUAUUUUUUUUAACCCUCUAGAUUUAAGUAAUUAUUGUAUAUUAUAAUUGAAACAAAAAGAAAAAAAAAGAGAAAAAAACGAAGAAAAAAAACUAAGAAGA